GCACUCCCUAGAUCGUAAGUCAACUGUAGCUAUAGCGGCCAUUCAGCAUGUUUUAGGCAUUUAACAGGCGUAAAUAAAUAAAUAAUCUGUAGCGAAUUCAUUUCACUCAAGAGGAGUUAAUAACCAGAGAUCUACUAGAGGCUCUCCAACCAUGCUUGGCACCGUGUGGACGCUGCUGUUCUUAGGCUUCCACCCAGAUGGGGUCUUCUGUAGGAAGUUCAACACCCUGCAACUGGUUUCGAAGGUGGUCCUGGAACUGUCCGACAUCAACUUGGUCGUCUGCCCCGCGGCCAUCGAGGAGGCCCUGGCCCAAAUUUACCUGGGAGCCGGCGGAGAAACCGAGGCGGAGCUGAAGGACCUUCUGGGCUAUCCGGGCAGGUCGAAGACUCAGCUCUUGGAGGCCUAUCGACGGGCCAAGAAUCCCCAGUUGAAUAUUGUCAGCCGAAUGUUCCUGUCGAAGGGCUUUCACAUUCUGCCAGCCUACCAAAAAAUGUCCAUGAGGUACUUCAAUACCGACGCCGAGAGCACGGAUCUAAGUGUUCAGGGUGCCAGGCAUGUCAACCAGUGGAUCACCUCAAAAACGAGGGGCGAGAUCGUUGAUCUAGUAGAUCCCUUCAUGAUGGACGGCGCGGCGAAAGUAAUUCUGGUGAGUGCCGUCAGCUCCGAAGCCUUCUUUAAGUUUAACAGUGUGGAAAGAGCAUUCUACCUGCCCGAUGAGAAACGAUCGGUUGGCGUGAAGAUGAUGGAUCUGGUGGGGAAUUUCAAAUACAACUUUCAACGUAAGUUGGAUUCCCACAUAGUGGCGUUCCCCUAUGGCAAGUCAAACCUCUCCAUGGCCUUGAUUGUGCCCAGAACCUUUCGGGGCAUCACGAAGCUGGAGGACAAUCUGGAGCACCUCGACUUGGUUCGAUUGAAGCCGAAAAGAGUUAAUGUAACCUUUCCCAAGUUCAAGAUAAAAUACAGUCAGGAUAUGGCCCAGCCACUGAUUGAUGUGGGUGUCAAGAGCAUCUUUUCCCACCCCAAUCUCACUCACCUCACCAAAGCUAAGGAGUUCCUGAAGAUCGACAGCAUAGCGCACUCGGUCUCCAUCGAGGUGAACGAGAGGGGAGCCAAGCUCUCAGCAUCCGCAGACAGUGAGCUGGAAAAAUUACGAUCAAGGAAAAGAAGAUUCAAGUCAGCACUCAAGGUUACUUGCAAUCGUCCUUUUCUGUUUGCCAUCGUACAGGGUACCAAAAUUGUAUUCUUUGGAAGAUUAAGUCGUCCCGAAUAAAAUAAAUCAAAGAUAUACAGUAA